UAAUUUUCCAUCUGAACUGGAUCUUCACCUUCUCUUCAACUACUACUAGGAGAAAAUAUAUAUUGCCUCUGAUCCUGCUUAAUUCCUAUAGUGAAUAACAAGAAUUGCAGAAGAAAUAAUGGGAGAAACCUCCACACCCACAUCCUCAUCCACAGACACAUCCACUUCCACUGCUAUACGCGAUCUCCGAGAGACACCUACAUGGGUGGUGGCUACCAUUUGCUUCUGCCUCAUACUCAUCUCCAUCAUCCUUGAACGAACCCUUCAUUUCAUUGUCAAUUGGCUAAAGAAGCAUAGGAAGAAAACAUUGGUAGAGGCAGUGGAGAAGCUUAAAUCAGAGCUGAUGCUGUUAGGUUUCAUUUCACUUGUACUAGUAGUACUGCAAGGACCCAUCUCCAGUAUCUGCAUACCCAUGAAAAUUGCAGAUACUAUGCCUCCAUGCAGCAAAGCUUCACUCACCAUAGGACUGAAAUUCAUGGUGACCCAACACUUGAAGAAGUUUCCUGCAAAUCCCUUCCACUUUAAUGCUGGCUAUGAAGAUGGUCUAUGGCACCCACAUAGACUAUUAGUCUCUGAAUCCGCCACCACCACUGUUACAUGCUCUGCUGGAAAGGUUCCACUGAUAUCCGUAGAAGGGGUACACCAACUACAUAUCUUCAUUUUUGUGUUAGCAUCAACUCAACUUCUAUACAGUCUCCUUACCAUGGGCCUGGGAAGGGCAAAGAUGAGGCGUUGGAAAGCUUGGGAAGAAGAGACUCAAUCAAUAUCCUACCAAGUGGCCAAUGAUCCUGCACGGUUUAGAUUUACAAGGGAAACUACAUUUGGGCGACGGCAUUUGGGUAUUUGGACAAGAUUAACAGUACUUCUAUGGAUUAAAAGUUUCUUCCGCCAAUUCUUCAACUCGGUAGCAAAAGUUGAUUAUCUCACACUGCGUCAUGGGUUCAUCAAUGCACAUAUGCCCUCGAACACCAGUUUCAAUUUUCGAAAAUAUAUACAACGAUCCUUGGAGGAAGAUUUCAAGGUUGUAAUUGGAAUCAGCCCCUCUCUGUGGUUGGUUGUUGUUAUGCUCCUGCUAGGUGAUGUGAAUGGAUUGCAUUUAUAUCUUUGGGUAGCCUAUAUUCCAUUGAUAAUAGUACUAGUUCUUGGAACCAAGCUUGAAGUCAUUUUAGCAAGAAUGGCUCUGCAACUCAAAGACCAGACCACUGUGGUCAAAGGAGCCCCUCUGGUGCAACCUGAUGACAAUCUUUUCUGGUUCGGUAAUCCUAGAUUUGUUUUGAGUCUUAUACACUUCACCAUGUUCAUGAAUGCGUUUGAGCUUGCUUUCUUUCUCUGGGCAACGUGGCAAUUUGGGUUGAACUCUUGUUACCAUGAAAGCGUACCGAUGGCAGUCACAAGGGGUGUAUUAGCGUUGAUUGUGCAAAUCAUUUCCAGCUACAUUACACUUCCAAUCUAUGCCCUUGUGACACAGAUGGGUUCCCAAUACAAGAGUGCAGUAUUAGAAGAGCAAACCAUAGAAUCAGUAAGGCGAUGGCAUGCAAGGGCAAAGAAGAAGAAACAGGAAUCAUCAUCACAUCGACCUCUAAUAAGUCGUCCUAACUCUGAAUUUGGGAGCAGCAGGAUGACUAGUCCCAUGGAAACGUCUUCAGCACCAACAACCCCACGACAUACAACCACACCUGCAGAAACUUUUUCAUCCCCUUGGGAUGAAAUCAGUGAAGUGAAAAGUGUACCUGGUGAUGCCAAUGUUUCUUCUGGGGCGGUGGUCGUAGAAUUAUCGGCUUUGAAGUGAGUCAUGAGAGGACCUUCACAAUUCUGGAAGCACCGAAUUCAUAUAACGAAAUGUAUAGAUAGUUUCAGAGUUUCGUAUGAGUUUUCCUACGAAAUGUUU